AAGAAUCUGCGUGUGUGUAAACAUGAAGAACUAUGCAUGUUCUUUGCAAAGGACAAGGUUUCUCAUCUGUUGUUCUUACCACGAUUUUCUUGCCAAACUCAAACCUUUCUUGUUAUAUACAUUCUAUUUCUCCUCCAUUUCCUUUGUGGGUUUUGGAAUUCUUACGGGUUUGAAGCCCAGAACCUCGUUUAAACCUAGGAACCUCGAUUUGCUCUUCACAUCAGUGUCAUCCGCCACUGUGUCAAGCAUGUCCACAGUCGAAAUGGAGGUCUUCUCCACCUCACAACUAAUCGUUAUAACUAUUCUCAUGUUCAUGGGUGGUGAGGUAUUCACCUCCAUGGUUGAGCUUCUCUUAAAGAGGUCCAAGAUUAUCGGAACAUGUAAUUUCGACGGAAGAAAAAUCGAGUCUAUAGAAAGUGAACCUACCCGUUUUGAGUAUUCCACUAACCCGUUUCUAAAAUACGACUCUAUCAAGUUUUUAGGUCACGUGGUUUUAGGGUAUCUUGUAGUGAUCCACAUUCUUGGCAUCUCCUCUGUUUUACUCUACCUAGGCCUUGUUUCGAGUGCAGAGGAUGUACUAAGAAACAAGGGACUUAAGAAAUUCAUGUUUGCGGUUUUUACAGUUGUGUCAACUUUUGCCAACUGUGGGUUUGUGCCGACAAACGAAAACAUGGUGGUGUUUAUCAAGAAUUCGGGCCUACUAUGGAUUUUAAUCCCACAAAUCCUACUUGGGAACACACUGUUUCCUUCGUGUUUGAGAUUUGUGAUAUGGGUUUUGGGGAAGAAAAUUAAGAAGGCAGAGGCGAAUUAUUUACUGGAGAAUGAUACUACGUCGAAAUCAUCAGUUUAUCUUCACUUGUUUCCUAGUCAGCACUCUGUUCUCCUAGCAGCUACAGUAUUCGGAUUUACAAUACUCGGCUUCGUAAUAUUCUCCUCUCUGGAAUGGAAUUCAGCGGCUUUGUCGGGGCUGAAUACUUACCAGAAAAUUGUGGGAAUCCUUUUUCAGUGUGUGAACGCAAGACACAGCGGUGAAACUAUAGUUGAUCUCUCGAUAAUUUCCCCGGCAGUAACGGUGUUUUUCGUGGUCAUGAUGUACCUUCCACCAUAUACUUCAUUUCUACCUAUUACGAAGGAUGAGGAAACCCCACUAGAGUCUGUAAUAAGAAAGAAACGAAGAAAAACAGCUGCAGAAAACCUCGUAUUAUCGCAGCUUUCUUAUCUUGUUAUUUUCAUUAUUAUCAUAUGCCUCACAGAGAGGAAAAGCCUUAAAGAGGAUCCCGUCAACUUCAGCGUCUUGAAUAUCACAGUCGAAGUCAUAAGUGCAUACGGAAAUGUUGGCUUCACAACUGGAUACAGUUGCGAGCGUCAGAUAAGGCCGGAUCCAAACUGCGUGAACAAAUGGUAUGGAUUUUCUGGAAAAUGGAGUGACAAGGGUAAAAUAGUCCUAAUCAUAGUCAUGUUCUUCGGUCGUCUCAAAAAGUUCAACAUGAACGGAGGCCAAGCAUGGAAACUCUUGUAACAGGAUGCGAAAAGGCACGCAACUAUAUCAUAAACUAUCAUUAAGCAAAAGAUAUUUCUAAACCGUGUUUCGAAUAAGAAAUUAAACACCCUACUGAAAGUUACGAUAAGUUCUUGAUUCAAUUAGCAGCAGUACUUUCGGAAAUAUAUAUUAUCUUAUGGUACCGAAAAAACAGUCUUACGCAA